AUGGCGUGUAAUACACCUUACCAACGGCAGCGAACUGUGUCAACAACUGGAGAGACUCUGUAUGAGAUUCUUGGUCUGCAUAAGGGAGCUUCACAUGAAGAAAUUAAGAAAACCUACAGAAAAUUGGCCCUGAAACACCAUCCAGACAAGAAUCCAGAUGAUCCCAUUGCUGCUGAAAAGUUUAAAGAAAUCAACAACGCCCACACAAUACUGACAGACAUGUCAAAGAAGAACAUAUAUGACAAGUAUGGAUCACUGGGCCUCUAUGUGGCUGAGCAAUUUGGAGAAGAAAAUGUGAACACCUACUUUAUGCUCUCAAGCUGGUGGGCAAAGGCCCUGUUCAUCAUCCUUGGCCUCCUGACCGGCUGCUAUUUUUGCUGCUGUCUGUGCUGCUGCUGCAAAUGCUGCUGUGGACACUGCCAGCCCAAAUCAUCGAUGCCUCCAGCAGACGACUUCUAUAUGUCCACAGAGGAUCUCGAGAUGCAGAUCCGCAUAGAUGCAGAAAAAGAUAUGGACUUUCCAGUUGUUCUCCAGCCCACAAACGCAAAUGAAAAAACACAGCUAAUCAAAGAAGGACCUCGAAGCUACUGCACAGACUCUUGA